CUUUCGCUCUCGAUCGCUUCCUCGUCGCGUCUUCUUCCUCCUUGCUCUGUACUCCUCCGGUCUCGCGCUCUCCUGCUUGCGUCAGCCGUACCUCCCAUCUGUUGUACCUGGUCAAAAGCCUUGGCGGUGGUAAACGAUCCCUUAAAACUCCUCUAGAGCCUUCACAGCGGUCUGUUACUGUUGAGUUUCAUCGAGAAAUAAGGACCUGAAGACUCUCUAGCAGUACAGAUCAAGAAAGGCUGCUCUACAAGUGUAUUCUCCUCUGAUCUGCUGACAGUCAGAUCGUUUUCAGACAUGGCGCAUACACAUUUCCUCAGCCUAAUGACACUCGUCGCUCUCUUUCUCCAAGUCCAGAGUCAGCAAGGUUCAGCAGGUCAAAACGGAGGAAUGCAAUCCCCGGGCAGAGAGCAACAGGGGGUCUCCCCUCCUCCUAGACAGCCGGUGAAUGGCGCAGACUUCAAUCACAACAAUCAACCACCUCAAAUGAGGCCCCCGCCAAAGAACUGCACUUACAUGACAUGCCACCUCUCUACAUGCGUCAUGAACGACAAUAACGUGCCUGUUUGCCAAUGCUACAACAGCUCCUAUUUGCUUGUGGACCGAACAAGAUGUAAAUCAAGAGCCGACAUCGGACAGCAGAACGCAGCCACGGCUCAAAGGAAUCAGCAGUUUCAAAGCGCCCUCAACGCCAUGCAGUCCAUGAGCAGAUGCCCUCACUCCAUGCCCGCCUGCCCCGAUGCUGCAAACGUUCCUCACCCUCUCCGAGGACAGUGUGCCAACAGCACCAAGGAAUGCUACGGAAACAACAACACCCUGUUCCACGGUUUGAGAGACUCCUGCAAACAGCAGGGCAUGAUGUGGUGCGCUGUGACAGCCUCUUGCUCCUCCCUCCCUUGUCCUCCUCCCAACCCUACUUGCUCUGCCUCGCAAGUACGCUGUCCGGACUGGAGCUGUGCGGCUGAUGCCGCGAGCUGCCCGAGCAGCGGCAACGGCUUGGUGACCUGCCCCGACGGCAUGACGACGGCCAGCUCCUUCAGAGCGUGCGCGGAGAUGGGGAUCUUCUGGCAGGGAUGCCCCCCGGGAUCGAAGCCUUGCUCGGCCAACCCCAACAUCUGCGUCAAGCAUCAAGAUGAGUGCGAGGCGCUCACCGGGUGUCCCGAGACGAUGAAGAGCUGCGGUCCUCGGCGCAACGCUCAGGGGGUCGCCCUGUACAACAGCUCGACCAACAGGCCCAUCAUGACCUGCGUGUCGCAGUGUCAGUCCCGGCCGCCUCAGCCUGCUCCUACCACCGCUGCUCUACGACCCGGACUGGGGUCGGAGGCGAUGGAGGUGAAGGCGGCGGACGGAGCGCCUGCGUUCGCGAUGAAGGCGCUACACUCCAACGCCUUCCGUCGCAUGGACAACCUGUCAGAAGCCGUCAACUUCACCAUCGCUCCUGUCUCCGCGUCGGCGCUGCAGGAGGGCCCUUUCGCGCUGCUCUACUCGUCCGGAAACAUCGUCAGCAGCGUCAUCACCAUCGAGCCCUCAGCGGCGCUUGUCAUCGACGGGGGCUUGACGAUCGACAUCCCCAUUGACGGGAGCAAGGAGAUGUGCAGCCAGAUCUUGCAGAACGUGCAGAUGGUGGUUGUGUCGGACCUGCUCAACUUCAGUGCGACUCCGGAGGGCCUUGGGAGCUGCUCGAUGGGAUCGGUAGGGGACUGCUCGUGUGCGGUGAAUAUCACCCACUUCAGCACCUACGCCGUGUCGAACUCAGUUCUGCAAUCUCCAUCCACUACAACUAGCUCAACUUCUGACCAGUCUUCGUCUACCACCACCACCACUACCACCACAUCGCAGCCGUCAGCGACCACCGACACGAAGUCAUCGGCUGGAAGCUCCAAUGCUUUCCCCGCAUCGAUGAUAUUUCAGGGCAUCCCGGCUUUCAUGCUCAGCGUCGUGAACCUCGUCGGAAGCUUCUCUCGCUUCUCGCAGCACUGAUUAGUUGUAGUACUUCCUGGCGAAUAAAACACAGACUCUCAGUC